AUGCCGGCAUCAGGGGACGAAUAUGUCGCCGACGGAUCUGACGAUGACCUCCCCCGAGCCUCUGGCCGCUCCCAGGCUCGUAGGGCAAAUGCCCGCGAAUCUGCCCAAAAUUUUGAGGUGACCAGGACAUGGGAUUUACUUACUGAAAGCGCUGACGGGACUAUCACGAGAGCGGUGGAAGGGCUGCUGGAGGCAGGGAAGAGGAAAAGACUUCUCAAAGACACAACUCCCCUCCAGCGUGGAAUCAUCCGCCAUCUCAUCCUCAUUCUGGACAUGUCACUGUCCAUGAUGGAGAAGGACCUCCGACCGACUCGCUACCUCCUGACCUUGCGCUACACAGAGUCGUUCAUACGAGAAUUCUUUGAGCAGAACCCCAUCUCUCAGCUGGGUAUCGUGGGCAUGCGUGACGGGAUCGCCAUCCGCGUAAGUGACAUGUCUGGUAAUCCCAACGUCCACCUAUCCGCGAUCCAGCGAAUUCGCAAAGAAGAACCAAAAGGGAACCCGUCUAUUGAAAAUGCCUUGGAGAUGGCUCGUGCGGCUCUCUUCCACGCACCGAGCCACGGCACACGUGAGAUCCUUUUGAUCUUUGGGGCUCUUCACACCUCCGACCCGGGUGACAUACACCGGACCAUUGACAGCCUGGUAGCGGACAAGAUUCGGGCCACGGUCAUUGGGCUCGCGGCGCAGGUCGCCGUUUGCGCCGAGCUGGUCUCGAAAACCAACAACGGCGAUCUAUCAGGCUACGGUGUCGUGCUUCACGAACAACAUUUCCGGGAAUUGUUCAUGUCAGUCACCACACCUCCGGUCACCAACGACUCGACGAAGUCUGCCAGUUCCCUUCUGAUGAUGGGCUUCCCUUCGCGAACCGUUGAAGACCGCCCAUCACUCUGCGCAUGCCACACGAAACCCUCGCGCGACGGAUAUCUGUGUUCGCGAUGCAGUGCGAAGGUGUGCAGCCUCCCGAGCGAAUGUCCCGUGUGUGGGCUCACUCUGAUCCUUUCGACUCAUCUCGCGCGAAGCUAUCACCAUCUAUUUCCGCUAGUCAAUUGGCUCGAAGUUCCCUGGUCGCAGGCGAGCCGCAGUACCACGUGUUUUGCGUGCUUGAAACCUUUCCCCGUCGCGCCACCAAGAGAGCAAGUGGCCACUGGUUCUUCCAAGGCGACUGGAAACGUCAUUAGAACUACAACGAGCAGCAGAUACGAAUGUCCUGUCUGCCAUCACCAUUUUUGCAUUGACUGUGACCUAUUUGCCCACGAGGUUGUACAUAAUUGUCCCGGAUGCCAAAGCUCGCGGAUGCAGACGAGUUUGAUGGGUGAGACCGAAGUUAUACGCGACGUCAAUACAGAUGGGGAGCUCAGGGUUGAACGGUCCCAGAAUGGAGCGGGUGUUUGA